UUCUCUAAUCUGGGUUAGGAAGGACAAAUUCUGGAGUGGGUGCUUUACUGCUGCUGAUUGUUAUCCCACUGGUGCUACUGCCAAACACCAAAUUCCCAUCAAAUUUAGUUUCUCGACUGAUUUUUGGGCGAAGCGUGAAAGAAGGGAGACCUACGCGGAGGUGACUCGCAAGAUGGCUGGAGCUGCUGCUGGUCAGAGUGGUAGAGGAGGUGGGAGGGGCAACGGUGGCCGUGGGCACACCGAGGCGCGCCCUCCUCCCCAGAUCUCCACUGUGCCGCCUGCUGCUCCCCCUGUUCGUCCUCCUAUGGUCCAACAGCAACAGCAGAUGCAGCAGCAGCAAAAGCACCCUCCCCCCUUUCCAUUUAUGCUAAGCCUCCUAUCUUCCCUUUGGCCUCUAGCUCUUAGAUGAUCUAUCCGCAAAACAUGGGGUCGAUGUUCCCAGGAUACCCUCCUCCUGGUUAUCAGCAAUUUCCUGCUAAUCCCUGGCCUAAUCAGCAACAGUUUCAAUUCCCGUUCAUGGCCCCUAACCAGAUUGCUACCAUGCAAUACCCUCAAGGGAUUCAACAACCUGUGACUGCUGGUAGUGGCUCUGGUUCUGAGAAUGGUCAAGUUGGUCAGAGCAAAAGCAAGAAGAAACAGAGGAAUGCUGCGGGGAAGAAAGCUAUGAAGACUGAUGCUGGGCUUGCUGCUCCUCAAGUUACUAUGUCUGAUGAUGCUCCUUAAUCUUACAAUGUAGACCCUAAGUAUAUUGGGGCUACUUGUUUCAACUGUGGGCUACCCAGACAUUAUGUGGGUAUGUGCCAGAUUCCUAGGAAGUGUUUCAUGUGUGUUGUUCCUGGGCACCAUAUGGAUGCUUGCCCCCUGUGGUACAAGCCCUACCCAGCAGCUCAGUUCUGGGGUAGUGCUGGGAAUGGCUUGGGCUUCUUUCAUCUUGAGGCUGGAGAAAAAAGCAACAGUGACUGGCUGAAUUUUGGAACUGUGGAUCUUGUGGUUAUUGAAGAAGGAGAAAUUUCUGCUGAGGAACUGGGUGCUUGCUUCACUAGCAUGUGGAAAACCAACUGGCCCUGGCAGAUUAGAGCCUAUGAUGAGUCCCAAUACCUAGUCAGAUUCCCCUCUAACAAGAAAAUCACUGAUUUAGUUGCUUAUGACUCCAUCAACCUCAAGAAGAAAGGGGUCUCAAUUUCUUUUAAGAAUUGGCAUGGAGAGUUGCCUGCUUAUGACUCCCUGACUGAGAUUUGGGUGGAAAUUGUGGGUCUGCCUCCUGUGUGGUGUUCUUGGUCUGUGAUUGCCCCCAAGUUGCUGCUACUUUGGGUGUCAUUACUAACAUUGAUUGGCAUGGGAUUUUCAGUAGUUUUUAUGAGGUGGUGAGAGUUCAGGUUGCUGUUAGAGACCCUGCAUUGAUCCCUAGAGACAGACUUUUUGAAAUUCAGCAAGAGUUGUUCUUACUCACCUUCAAAGUUGAAGAGGGUGAGCCUGUGGAGUCUGAUAACCCCUCUGAUCCCCCAGGCCACCAAAAUGAUGAUGAUGGGAGUAGCAAGAAACAGGAGGGUGAAGAUGAGUUCAGUAAUGAUGACCUAUUGGGAGAGGAGAUGGAGCAUGACCUUGAUAACAGUAGGAAGAACUCCAAUUUCAGACCAAGACCUGCCUCGGCUCCUAGUGGGUCUAGAAACAGAACUCAUACUAUGGAUGCUAUCUCUUCCCCUGUUCUCUCUGGGGUGGAGAUGAAUAUCAACAUCCCUUUGGAGAGAUCAGUUUUCUUGAAGAUUCAGGAUGCUCCACUUACCAAAAGCUACCUGCAAGCUGUUAAGAAAACCCCAGUGGAGAAUUGUGGUACUAUCCUUCUUCCUGAGUUUGAAGCUGCUUCAAAAUAUGGGGUGACCAGAUCUGAAAAUUUCCCUGCUCCUCUUGGGGGGUUAAUUCCUUGCCCCUCCCUUACAGCUACCCUUAAAGCUGGGAGAGACAAAUGGGGCCCUGUUGUUUCCACUAGGAUGAGUGACAGGAUCAAGAGAGAUGGGAAGCCAGCCCUGGUCAAAGCUCAAGAAAUUAAGCAGAUGAAGAACUUGGAGACCCCUAGAGGUGAGUUAAAUGAGAUUUGGAAGAAAGAGGAAAUCAAGGCCAUGCAGAGAGCUAGGGAAAGGGACAUUAGAGAGGGAGAUCUGAACUCUGACUACUUUCAAGCCCUGGCCAAUCAGAAGAGGAGGAAGAAGCAUAUUGUUGUGCUAGAAACUGCUGGUGGCCCAGUUGAAGACACUAAAGGUGUUGUGGCGCAAGACGGCCUCGUACGCUGCACGGUGGGAACCGCUGUCUGUAGACCCUGUUAAGAAGCAAAUCCAGAACAUGGUGCGGGAGCUGGAGUCUCCGAGCAAAGCUCCAUUACCGCUGAUGUGGCCGGAUCCAGGCUGAGGAUCUAGAUACUGUUUGUCUUAGUUGAUGUUGAGCCUGUGGCUCUGGAGUUAGACAGGGGAGGUGGCUAGUUUUAUUUGCCUUCAUUUUGGCCGUCUUCCUUGUAAUAGCUGGCUCUAGUAUUUUUCCUUUUGCUAUAGUUUGCGGUAGUGUUUACUUCUGUAGUUUAUGCGCUGUCGUCCUAUGAUGUACUGUACUGGUGUGAUUUCUUUGCUUUGCAAUGGAAUCGGGGCUGGGCCCUCUUCUUCUAAAAAAAAUCUCACCUAGGUGAGAAUUACCAAAUUUGCUUUUUUUUUCUUUUGCUUUUUAGGUGGGCCCCACCUGUAAAAGUGUGGGAAGGGUGAGUUCUGUUUUCCUCUUUUAUUAAGCAUGGUUCCCCCGUGUAAGUGAUAGAGAGAGGGG